GAAAUACCAAGCAGCGCAUACUUUGUUAUGGAGCCUUACUGGGGCGAUAUACCACGCGGCGCAUUACGACUUAGACCCUAGGGGUCAUUAUUGAUAUAACGACGACGACGAAGGACACUCAGGUGAGUGCCCCCAACUGAGACUUAACUAACUAGAACCCUAGGUUACGAUACGAGAGAAGCCAGGUUGUGACAGUUAUUCCUUAUCACUCCCCUUCAUUCAAUACUGCACAAAAUCCAAUCAAAUAAUCUGGCAAUCUAGUUAAAUGAAUGUAGCGGUGUUGAAUGUGCAUAGAUAACUGUUGGAUCCUCACUUGCUUCAUUAAGCGAGUCCCAAGGCCUCAACCUGGCUGACAUGGUCGGUUGCCUUCGUCAAACUAUCUGCAGUCAUUUUGUUGGUAGGAAGAUGUACAAGGCGGAUCUCCCCAUCAUUGAUAUGGUCCUGAAUAGUAUGAUACUGUACCGCGAUAUGCUUUGUCGUGGGUUGAUUGGUUGGGUUGUCAGCAAUCUUGAUGGCUCCCUGGUCGUCUUCAUAUAUGGUCAUAGGUGCUCCAUGAUAACAGUUUCCUUCCCUAUAGCAUAGAGAAAGUGUCUUGUCCAAAUCAUUUGCUUGACCACCUCCGACACAGCUAUAUACUUAGCCUCCAUUGAGCU